CGAGGAGACCCCGCGCUCCCGCAGCCAUGGGCACCGGGGGCCGGCGGGGGACAGCUGCCGCGCCGCUGCUGGUGGCGGUGGCCGCGCUGCUAUUGGGCGCCGCGGGCCACCUGUACCCCGGAGAGGUGUGUCCCGGCAUGGAUAUCCGGAAUAACCUCACCAGGUUACACGAGCUGGAGAAUUGCUCUGUCAUCGAAGGACACUUGCAGAUACUCUUGAUGUUCAAAACGAGGCCCGAAGAUUUCCGAGAUCUCAGUUUCCCCAAACUCAUAAUGAUCACUGAUUACUUGCUGCUCUUCCGGGUCUAUGGGCUUGAGAGCCUGAAGGACCUGUUCCCCAACCUCACGGUCAUCCGGGGAUCACGACUGUUCUUUAACUACGCGUUGGUCAUAUUCGAGAUGGUUCACCUCAAGGAACUCGGCCUCUACAACCUAAUGAACAUCACUCGGGGUUCUGUCCGCAUCGAGAAGAACAACGAGCUCUGUUACUUGGCCACUAUCGACUGGUCCCGCAUCCUGGAUUCCGUGGAGGAUAAUUACAUCGUGUUGAACAAAGACGACAAUGAGGAGUGCGGAGACAUCUGUCCGGGUACAGCGAAGGGCAAGACCAACUGCCCCGCCACCGUCAUCAAUGGGCAGUUUGUCGAACGGUGUUGGACUCAUAGUCACUGCCAGAAAGUUUGUCCAACCAUCUGUAAGUCACACGGCUGCACUGCCGAAGGCCUCUGUUGCCACAGCGAGUGCCUGGGCAACUGUUCUGAGCCCGAUGACCCCACCAAGUGCGUGGCCUGCCGCAACUUCUACCUGGAUGGCAGGUGUGUGGAGACUUGCCCACCCCCGUACUACCACUUCCAGGACUGGCGCUGUGUGAACUUCAGCUUCUGCCAGGACCUGCACCACAAAUGCAAGAACUCGCGGAGGCAGGGCUGCCACCAGUACGUCAUUCAUAACAACAAGUGCAUCCCUGAGUGUCCCUCCGGGUACACGAUGAAUUCCAGCAACUUGCUGUGCACCCCGUGCCUGGGUCCCUGUCCCAAGGUAUGCCACCUCCUAGAAGGCGAGAAGACCAUCGACUCGGUGACGUCUGCCCAGGAGCUCCGAGGAUGCACCGUCAUCAACGGGAGUCUGAUCAUCAACAUUCGAGGAGGCAAUAAUCUGGCAGCUGAGCUAGAAGCCAACCUCGGCCUCAUUGAAGAAAUUUCAGGAUAUCUAAAAAUCCGCCGAUCCUAUGCUCUGGUGUCACUUUCCUUCUUCCGGAAGUUACGUCUGAUUCGAGGAGAGACCUUGGAAAUUGGGAACUACUCCUUCUAUGCCUUGGACAACCAGAACCUAAGGCAGCUCUGGGAUUGGAGCAAACACAACCUCACCAUCACUCAGGGGAAACUCUUCUUCCACUAUAACCCCAAACUCUGCUUGUCAGAAAUCCACAAGAUGGAAGAAGUUUCAGGAACCAAGGGGCGCCAGGAGAGAAAUGACAUUGCCCUGAAGACCAAUGGGGACCAGGCAUCCUGUGAAAAUGAGUUACUUAAAUUUUCUUACAUUCGGACAUCUUUCGAUAAGAUCUUGCUGAGAUGGGAGCCAUACUGGCCCCCCGACUUCCGAGACCUCCUGGGGUUCAUGCUGUUCUACAAAGAGGCCCCUUAUCAGAAUGUGACGGAGUUUGACGGGCAGGAUGCGUGUGGUUCCAACAGUUGGACGGUGGUAGACAUUGACCCGCCCCUGAGGUCCAACGACCCCAAAUCACAGAACCACCCAGGAUGGCUAAUGCGGGGUCUCAAGCCCUGGACCCAGUACGCCAUCUUUGUGAAGACGCUGGUCACCUUUUCGGAUGAACGCCGGACCUACGGGGCCAAGAGUGACAUCAUUUAUGUCCAGACAGAUGCCACCAACCCCUCCGUGCCCCUGGAUCCAAUCUCAGUAUCUAACUCAUCAUCCCAGAUUAUUUUGAAGUGGAAACCCCCCUCCGACCCCAACGGCAACAUCACCCACUACCUGGUUUUCUGGGAGAGGCAGGCGGAAGACAGUGAGCUGUUCGAGCUGGAUUAUUGCCUCAAAGGGCUGAAGCUGCCCUCGAGGACCUGGUCUCCACCAUUCGAGUCUGAAGAUUCUCAGAAGCAUAACCAGAGUGAAUAUGAGGAUUCAGCCGGUGAAUGUUGCUCCUGUCCAAAGACAGACUCUCAGAUCCUGAAGGAGCUGGAGGAGUCCUCGUUUCGGAAGACGUUUGAGGAUUACCUGCACAACGUGGUUUUCGUCCCCAGGCCAUCUCGGAAACGCAGGUCCCUUGGCGAUGUUGGGAAUGUGACGGUGGCCGUACCCACGGUGGCAGCUUUCCCCAACACUUCCUCGACCAGCACGCCCACGAGUCCGGAGGAGCACAGGCCCUUCGAGAAGGUGGUGAACAAGGAGUCGCUGGUCAUCUCCGGCUUGCGACACUUCACGGGCUAUCGCAUCGAGCUGCAGGCUUGCAACCAAGACACCCCUGAGGAACGGUGCAGUGUGGCAGCCUACGUCAGUGCCAGGACCAUGCCUGAAGCCAAGGCUGAUGACAUUGUUGGCCCUGUGACGCACGAAAUCUUUGAGAACAACAUCGUCCACUUAAUGUGGCAGGAGCCGAAGGAGCCCAAUGGUCUGAUCGUGCUGUAUGAAGUGAGUUAUCGGCGAUAUGGUGAUGAGGAGCUGCAUCUCUGUGUCUCCCGCAAGCACUUCGCUCUGGAACGGGGCUGCAGGCUGCGCGGGCUGUCGCCGGGGAACUACAGCGUGCGAGUCCGGGCCACCUCCCUCGCGGGCAACGGCUCCUGGACGGAACCCACCUAUUUCUACGUCACAGACUAUUUAGAUGUCCCGUCAAAUAUUGCAAAAAUUAUCAUCGGCCCCCUCAUCUUUGUCUUUCUCUUCAGUGUUGUGAUUGGAAGUAUUUAUCUAUUCCUGAGAAAGAGGCAGCCAGAUGGGCCACUGGGACCGCUUUACGCUUCUUCAAACCCUGAGUAUCUCAGUGCCAGUGAUGUGUUUCCAUGCUCUGUGUACGUGCCGGACGAGUGGGAGGUGCCUCGAGAGAAGAUCACCCUCCUUCGAGAGCUGGGGCAGGGCUCCUUCGGCAUGGUGUAUGAGGGCAACGCCAGGGACAUCAUCAAGGGUGAGGCAGAGACCCGCGUGGCAGUGAAGACGGUCAACGAGUCAGCCAGUCUCCGAGAACGGAUUGAGUUCCUCAAUGAGGCCUCGGUCAUGAAGGGCUUCACCUGCCAUCAUGUGGUGCGCCUCCUGGGAGUGGUGUCCAAGGGCCAGCCCACGCUGGUGGUGAUGGAGCUGAUGGCUCACGGAGACCUGAAGAGCUACCUCCGUUCUCUGCGGCCAGAGGCUGAGAAUAAUCCUGGCCGCCCUCCCCCUACCCUGCAAGAGAUGAUUCAGAUGGCGGCAGAGAUUGCUGACGGGAUGGCCUACCUGAAUGCCAAGAAGUUUGUGCAUCGGGACCUGGCAGCGAGAAACUGCAUGGUCGCCCAUGAUUUUACUGUCAAAAUUGGAGACUUUGGAAUGACCAGAGACAUCUAUGAAACGGAUUACUACCGGAAAGGGGGCAAGGGUCUGCUCCCUGUACGGUGGAUGGCGCCGGAGUCCCUGAAGGAUGGGGUCUUUACCACUUCUUCUGACAUGUGGUCCUUUGGCGUGGUCCUUUGGGAAAUCACCAGCUUGGCAGAACAGCCUUACCAAGGCCUGUCUAAUGAACAGGUGUUGAAAUUUGUCAUGGACGGAGGGUAUCUGGAUCAACCCGACAACUGUCCAGAGAGAGUCACUGACCUCAUGCGCAUGUGCUGGCAAUUCAACCCCAAGAUGAGGCCAACCUUCCUGGAGAUUGUCAACCUGCUCAAAGACGACCUGCACCCCAGCUUUCCGGAGGUGUCGUUCUUUCACAGCGAGGAGAACAAGGCUCCCGAGAGUGAGGAGCUGGAGAUGGAGUUUGAGGACAUGGAGAAUGUGCCGCUGGACCGUUCCUCGCACUGUCAGAGGGAGGAGGCUGGGGGCCGGGAUGGAGGGUCCUCGCUAGGUUUCAAGCGGAGCUACGAGGAACACAUCCCUUACACUCACAUGAACGGAGGCAAGAAAAACGGGCGGAUCCUGACCUUGCCUCGGUCCAAUCCUUCCUAACAGUGCCUACCGCGGCGGGGACGGGCAGGGGUUCCCAUUUUCACUUUCCUCUGGUUUGAAAGCCUCUGGAAAACUCAGGAUUCUCACGACUCUACCAUGUCCAAUGGAGUUCAGAGAUCGUUCCUAUACAUUUCUGUUCAUCUUAAGAUGGACUCGUUUGGUUGCCAAUUUAACUAGUCCCGCAGAGGAUUUAACUGCUGCCCUUUUGGAGCAACAACGGUUUCAAACCAGGAUUUUGUGUUUUUUCGUUUCCCCCCCCCCCCCCCCCCCCCCCCCGCUGGAAAGACAGCACCUGUUUUUACAAAUUCUUUUCAUUUUUUUUUUUUUUUUUUUUUUUUUUUUUUGCUGGUGUCUGAGCUGCAGUAUAAAAGAUAAAACUUCUUGUCUAUGGAACAAAAGUUCGAAAGAAAAGACAAAACAAAAACACCCAGCCCUGUUCCAGGAGAAUUUCAAGCUUUACAGGUUGGGCUUCAAGGCGGCUUUUUUUUUGUUUUCCCUCAUCCAGGCUGAAGGAUUUUUUUUUUUUUUUUUUUCUUUACAAGAUCAGUUCCUCAAAUUGACCAAUAGCUGCUGCUUUCAUACUUUGGAUAAGGGUCUGUGGUCCCGGCGUGUGCUCACGUGUGUAUGCGUGUGUGUCCAGUCGACAUGGCUGAUGUGUGUGCAAAGUAUCCUCGCGGAGUUGAUGCUUUGGGAAUUGGCUCAUGAAGGUUCUUCUCAAGGGUGCGAGCUCAUGUCUCCCUCUCUCCUUCCUUCUUAUCGACUGGGAGACUGUGCUCUCGACAGAUUCUUCUCGUGUCAGAAGUCUAGCCUCAGGUUUCUACCCUCCUUUCACGUUGGUGGAAAGAGACUUUUUGGGAGCCAAGGGAGGAACAUUUCAUUUGGAGUGAUUAUGAAUCUUUUCAAGACCAAACCAAGCUAGGACAUUAAAAAAGAAAGAAAGAAAGAAAGGAAAAACAAAAUAGAAAAAGGAAAAAAAAAAAGAAGGAAGAACUGAGAUGACAGAGUUUUGAGAAUAUAUUUGUAACAUAUUUAAUUUUUAAAGUCUCUGGUAUUAGCCUCAUAAGUUAUUGACUAUUCCCUGGGGUUGGCGGGGAGUGGAGACAUGAGUUGGUCUGCCUGUUGUGGGGCCGGGAAGGGGAGGGAGUGAGGCACAAGUGGCCUCUUUGGUCUUAAAGGCAUCCAUUUCUGGGAAUGAAGCCACAUUCGCUGCUAACACUUUUGGACGCUGUGAGGCCACAUGGAGUGUGUGGGAGACUAGGUUUUGUGGAUGGUCUGGUUCAGGUACCAGGUCUGCUGGAAGGUUCCUGUUCAGAUAAGCUGGUAGCUACCUAGCUCUGAGCCUGCCUUCAAGAACACCUGUGUUCAUCGUCUGGUUCUCUGUGUGUACCUCUCGUGGCGUUUCCUCUCCUGGGUGUGAAUAUCCUACCGUUAUUGUGCAAACACAAGAACAUCAGAUCCCAAAGAGCAACAACCUGGAUGCAUUUUGGGAACAUCUAAGCAAUAUAAGAGAGAGGUGCACUGAGAGUACGUCUUGGUCCUCUCCACCCUGAGAGCAUCCGACGGUCCUCAGUACUGAACUCCCGGAAGCUGCUCAGAGCCCGGUGACCUCAUCUGGGCCAGGUGUGGUGCCUAAGCAGAAUGCGCAGACGCUUACGAUGUUGCAGUCCCUAAGAGAGUAGAGUCUGGAGGAGAAACCGUGAAAAAGACCUUUCGCACCACCAAGAACUUCCGAAUGGGCGUGAAUCCACCGUUUCUUCUCUUUGCAAAAAGAACCACCACAGCUGCUCAAAGAACACAGUGAACUCAUCACUUUGGUUCAUCAAAAAAUCAUCACCCAUGCGUUAUUCCUGAGUGCAUUUUCUUACAACUUUUUGACUGCUUCCUUUUCUUCUCUUAAGAGUUGUGGGCUUAAGAAUGGGAUCGAGUCAUAAUGGCAACCUCCAAGCCCUCUCAAUUCUUGAUUAAGAACACAGGUAGACACGAAUCCCAAUUGUCUAUUGCUGUCUUAUUUAUAUGAUUCGAGAAAUUACAGCAUGUAAAAAUAUUGCUGAGACGCCUCAGUGAUUGGGUACAAGGAGCAAGAGUACAGAAAUUAUUUUUGCCAAAUUUAUUUUGUAAAUAUGAGGGUCUGUACGUAAAUUAAAAAAACAAACACGUAGAUCUAGGUAUUUUGUUCUCUUCCUAGUAAAUUUGUAGUGGUUGUAUACUACACUAGCUGCAAUUUUCACAUUUUUCUAAUUCAGAAAGGUUUUUCUUAUAUUAGGGGAAAAAGUAUUUAUUUUAAUAUAUAAAAUCACUCUGAAAAUCACUCUCAUAAAAAACGGAGCGCAUGUAAAUUUUUAUCAAAGAAAAAUAAACAGGUGAAUGGGGGAUAGUGAUUUUUGUUUUUCAGCACAGUCUACCUCAGAGUAUUGUUAAGAUGUGAUUCAAUCACAGACAUCUUUGAGAUUUCAGAAUUCUACCUGGAACCGGUCUGAAUCAGGGAACGUGUGUAUCAGCUGAUUCGAAUGCCAGGGACCAGCAAGAAUUUUGAGGGAGGGAGUUGGGAUGGAGAAGGUAUGGCCUUUAUGUGAGCAUAGAUCCCUUUUCUUCCUGGCUGGUAAUACUCUUCUCUGAAUUUAAUCUUCCUUUAAAAAAAAAAAAUCCUCCAUCUAUUGUCACUAUGUUCCCCAAGCAUAAACUAAGUUCCAGGCCAUCAUGAUGUAUCUGAUAUAUGAGGUACGCCCGCAAGGUGUACCUUCCUUUGGUGAGAGAUGGCUGCUGGGGCAAAGACAGGCUUUGAUUCAGAACAAGCAUUCCCACCUGUUCCAUGGAAUUCCCCUGAAGUGAGCACAAAGGUGCCCUGGUCUCCCUGAUGAUUUAUUCCAACUCCUUUCAGGCUGGUGAUACACCUCACACACAAACACCUAAUACAAUGUCUUUUAAAAUUCUCCAAGUGGGAUGGGAGCAUGUGCGGGAAAUUCCAAUCCAAAACCCAUGAAUGUGCUGAACACUUUUUUUUUUUUUUUUUGCAACAACACACCGUGGACCUCUAUGUUGGGGUUUGAUUGACCUCAAGCUGAUAUUGUUGAACCUUGUGCAGCUUUGAUAAUCCAUGCAAGAGUCUAGGCAGGGCCAGUGGGGCCCAAAUCUUGCUGCUCUUGUACUUUUAGGCACUGCCCUUGCAGACUCGCCUUUCUCCACCUGCCCUGGAGAAAGGUAGGGUGCUGGGCCUGCCCCUUGCAAAUGGGGUUCACCAGUUUCAUUUAUUUGACUCUACUGCCACAGUGAAAAGAGCAAACAGCUAUUGGGUUGCAAGCCUCUUUUGACAUUAGGAAAUACUGACUUUGUAACAAUAAAACUUUGGUCCUAGAAAGACAUGGUUGUCCUGGGGGUUUGUACUGUUAAAUUACAACAACAACAAAAAGCAACAAAACCAGCUUAGGGCAACACUUUUUGUUGCUUGUUUUUAAAGAUGUCUCACUAUGAUUAAAACCCUUUUCAUUAAUGUAGUGAAUGCCACACAGGAGUUUCUUCUUCCAGGAGGAGAAUACUAAGCACGUCACUUUCUCUCUGCAUUGGUGAUGUCAAAUACGCAUCAGAAAAUGUUCAGGUUUCGGGAGCUGUCCUAGGUGCUGUUCCAUCAUUGGAAGUAGUGAGAAGGAGAAGCACUGCUGCUUGUCUGGAUAUAGGCUGAGGACGAUGGAGAGAAGCUGUGGGAACUGACAUAAGGAUCUGCACAGGUCAUCCUGGGACCCUGGGGACUAUGUUACCAAUUGAUGGACAGAUCUUUCACUGUAUCCUACCAGGGCAGGUAGUCCACCAAGAAAUGUGUUUAUUGGGUUGGGAAGUGUUUAUUUGUAGUCCUCUGUAACACUUGUGGACGAGCAGGAGCAUCAUCAGGGGUAUGACUUGCGCUGGCCAUCCUGGUAAAUGGGUGUGCUGUAGUCCCAGCAGUAAUCAUUUCUCUACUUCACAGUGGGUGGAAGUUUAGGGUUAAAUGUCCUUUGCAUGCCACCUGGUGAGUCCUUGACACCUUAGGCUCUUCAGAAACUAUGGUUUUGUUGAGGAUGGGGAACAGGGAAUGCCGAUUUUAUAUUCGUGGUACACAUAGGGGGUGCCACUUCAGAAAAUCUUCUAGCAUGUUCUUAGAAUAUUAUUUUAUAUGAGAGGUGAGGUUGGAAAUGCAAAGGACAGGUCAGCACUUUUUUCCCCCCUAGAACAUACAAAAGAACAUGGACUUUCACGGGGCUGCAACAGAAGGUGACUAUCUCCUUAAGGGUCCUCAAGAAAUCAGGCUGGGGGAAGGGGACACAACGGCUUUUUGAGCUUACCGUUACCUUCUGAUCCCAGUCAAUGUCCAGAACCAGCCACAAGCCAAAUUUCUAUCUGGGUGUGGGCCACUGAAAAUCCUUGUUAAAAACCAGAUCAUAAAUCUGGGGCUCUUGGUCCCAUUGGAGAAGGAAGGAAGAGCCUCAAAAUAAGUGUGCAUCCAUGCACAUAUUCAGGAACAGCUUGUUUAGUCUUUACACUUUGCCUCAAAGUUGCUGCUCCUCGUCCCUUUGUGUGCCUGGGUGGCCUCAGCCCUGCGUGUUGGCAACGCAGGAUCAAAUGUGCUGCAGCUUUUGCAGAAAACAACUCAGAAACACAAAACCCACCAACAGCUCAAUUAUUAUUUUUUCAAUGUUUUCCUACAAGAGCCAAGUAGCACCAUGUACAGAAGAUGCCUUUUUUUUUUGGAAUAUUGAAAUCGUUCUGCAUGUAUAAUAUGGGAUAAUGACCUGUUUAUAUUAAAAUUCUGAUUAAAUUAUCUGAGAA